ACUGCUGUGCUCUCUAUCGGUGGUCCUUUAUAAGUGUAUUCAUUGUGUGGACAGCUGUUAGUUGUUUAUUUGUAGUUGGGAAAUUACGUCUAACCCUGCAUUCCAGUGUGGUGGGUGCAUUACUGUUGCUAGGAUAUGAGGUCUAAUGACGCAGUUAGCUAAUGUUGAUUGCAUAAGUACAUACCACACAAACAUCCACAGUGUCAACAAACACUUAACUCUGACGUGUGUAUGCAGCUAACCCACUUACCCUCAUCUCCACUGCAGGUCAUGUCUGUAGAGCAGUUGAGUGUACAGCGCAAGAGCUUGCAGAGGAGUGUAUCUGUUGGCUGCUUGUCUAGUGGAGAGCUACUGCUCACUCUCAGGAAGGGUAGAGGCAGUCAUGGCAAUACAACACUGACUCUUGAGGAAGCACUAUUCAAUAUGGAGUGUGGGGGACUGGAGCCUUGCUGUAACCAACUACCUGUCACAAUUCAACAGGUGUACCACAGUCUAGUGGGGCUGGAGCUGUAUCAGGCCUAUGCUGCUCUCAGGAGGGUUGGACACAGAGUGCAACUCAAUACAAGCAUGACUGGGCCUGCUGCCCUAAAGAUCCUGUCAGUAUCUCCUCCUCUACUCUUCCUACUAACUGAGUUGGGAGCACAAGUACAAGGCACACACUCAUGUGCUUCUGGUGUCACCUUGACUGUGGGAAACUCUCAAACAUUUUAUUUAUUAAGUACAAUAGAAAUUGAAUUUUGUGUGUAGGUUGCUCCUUACAACUGCAAGUGUGGUUUAUACAUGAUUGUACCCAUAGCUAAGUAAUUAAUAUUAACGAUUUG